AUGGACACUAUCCACGUACCUGUACGGGGCCAGCUUGAGCUAAUCACAAGCAGUCUUUCGAACUCCCUUUCGGGAGAUGGUGUCCAGAGUGAGGACCCGAAUCGGUUUCAAGUAACCCCUCCCAAAUCGGACAUUUCAAUGAGGGCCGGGGGCCUAGAACCACCUAUUGCUGCCGAUAUAUUAUCGGCGAGGGGUUGGGAUUCUCCAGGCUUUCAGCAACUGGCGCAGUCUACUACGGAGUUAGACGAGGAACAGGGGGGAAAGGAGAUGAAGAAGAAGAAGAAAGAAGAGGAGAAGAAGAAGAAGAAGGAGAGGGAGAAGAAGAAGGAGGAGGAGAAAAAGAAAAAGAAGAAGAAGAAGAAGCCGAAGAAGAAGGUGAACAAGGGGGGUGUUGGCGGUAGUAGCGCCUGUGGGGGUAGCAGCAUAAGUAGUUGCACUAACAAUAGUGUUGGCGGAGGUGGUGUUGGCGGAGGUAGUAUUGGAGGCGGUGGUGUUGGGGGUGGUAGUAUUGGUGGCGGUGGCGGUGGUGUUGGUAGUGGUGGAACUGAAGGUGGUAGUGGGGAUGCCGGCGGCGGUGGCGGUGUUGGUGUUGGUGGUGAUGGUGGUGUUGGUGGUGUUGGCGGUGGUGAUGGUGGUGUUGGUGGUGGUGAUGGUGGUGUUGGUGGUGUUGGCGGAGGUGUUGGUGGAGGUGUUGGUGGAGGUGUUGGUGGAGGUGUUGGCGGUGGUGUUGGUGGAGGUGUUGGCGGUGGUGUUGGCGGAGGUGGUGUUGGCGGAGGUGGUGUUGGAGGCGGUGGUGUUGGAGGCGGUGGUGUUGGUGGCGGUGGUGUUGGUGGCGGUGGUGUUGGUGGCGGUGGCGGUGGUGUUGGUAGUGGUGGAACCGGAGGCGGCGGUCCCGGAGGCGGCGGUCCCGGAGGCGGCGGUCCCGGAGGCGGCGGUCCCGGGAGUACUUCCUGCGGUGGGGUCGGCGCUAGGGUCGGUAGGGCAUAA